AAUAUUAGUCAAAAAUUGCGUGAUUUCUUCGCACGUCUUUCUGCCUGCUAGUUGAAAUUUUAACUUCCCUGCUUUAUAUUUUGUGCGCGAAUCAGCUUUCCAUCUGUUGUGUGUGCAUAAUACCUAAUUGUUCUGCGGCUUUCUUUCGUGCAACCUUUGAGCAAGACCGGAAACGUUUUAUUGAUACUGAUUCAAUUAGGCGAGAGGUGGUAGCUCUCGCGUUUCCAUUCAGUCGAACUGUGUCAGCAAAAAAGAAACACUCGUUCCGUCCACACUCCGAUGUGCUGUUAGCGCGGAUCGAUGGUACCAAUGAUUGUCUAGUGGCUAGAAAUGCUACAAACGCUAGCCCUGCGAUGGUUCCGUCGGUACAAGGUGUUCUUCCUGAUUGGGCUGUUGAUUGUGGGUGCACAGGUCUUUCUUGCCUAUAAGUUGCUGAAAAUUCCCGUCUCCGGGACGGAUAGUAGCGAGGAACGGGAUCUUAGCAAACGACUGUACGAAAAGUAUGUCAAAAAGGUAGCUGGUUCUAAUCUGUCUGCGGAUGAUGAAGAUCCAGCAGGACAACGAGAGCAGCAGCAUCUGGCGGGUGAAGGUCACGUCAAGGAACCGAGGGAGGCACGAAAAGAGUCAGGUCGGACGUAUCUUAAUUUGAAUGAUUUAAGCUUCGUACCGCCCUGUGAGAUUUACAACAAAGAGACGAUCUCGGCUAUUCAUCGGGCAACGAGUCAGCCGUGUAAGAAGCAAAUUGUGGACAUUGCUUGUGCGAUACAAGCUGGGACUUUUUAUCCGAAGCGGUUGCCGAAUUACUGCCCAAAUGGGCAGUAUGUGCCGAAUAGAGCGCUGGGAUGCUUUCAGGAUGAGAAGAAUUUUCGAAUUUUACCGGGGUACUAUACGAACUUUAAAACGAGUAACUCCCCGAAGAGAUGUAUUCAGCUGUGUCUGCAGUCGGGGUUUUUGUACGCCGGGGUGCAAUACUCCACGGAAUGUUUCUGUGGAGAUGAGUUACCGAAGGCUUCUGCGAAGCUACCCGAUUCUAGUUGUAACAUGAAAUGUUCCGGGGAUCCGAGACAGGCCUGCGGUGGUUAUUUUACUACGAACGUUUAUGAGACGGGGAUUGCAAAAUUCAGCGCCCAAACAACGGAGAUUACACCGAAAGUUGGGGAAGAGCCGGCUAGAAUAGCAUUUCUGCUGACAUUGAAUGGAAGAGCUUUGCGACAGGUUCAUCGUCUAUUGAAGACUUUGUAUAGUCCUAGGCACUAUUAUUUCAUCCAUAUCGAUUCGCGCCAAGAAUAUCUUUACCGAGAGCUACUGAAACUGGAAACAAAUUAUCCAAAUAUUCGCUUGUCGCGCAACAGAUACUCCACCAUUUGGGGAGGUGCAUCGUUGCUGCAGAUGUUGCUCUCGUCAAUGGAGUACCUGCUGGUAGACACGCCCCAUUGGAAGUGGGACUUUGUGAUGAAUCUGAGCGAGAGUGAUUUCCCCGUUAAGACACUGGACAAGCUGGAGCGAUUUCUAAGUGCGAAUCAGGGGAAAAACUUCGUACGAAGUCACGGACGGGAGGUUCAGCGAUUUAUUCAAAAGCAAGGACUGGAUCGGACGUUUGUGGAGUGUGAUAAUCACAUGUGGCGGAUAGGAGAUCGGGCGUUACCGUUGGGGGUACAGAUUGACGGUGGAAGCGAUUGGAUUUGCUUGUCUCGCGGUUUUGCAAAGUACGUGACGGAAGGACGGGUUGGUAACGAACUGAUCGAGGGCCUGUUGGUGAUUUUUAGACAGACGAUACUGCCAGCGGAAUCAUUCUUCCAUACGGUUCUGCGCAAUUCCGAGUUUUGUAAUAACUAUGUGGACAAUAAUUUACACGUGACGAACUGGAAGCGGAGACUGGGUUGCAAGUGUCAGUACAAACAGAUAGUAGACUGGUGUGGGUGCAGUCCGAAUGAUUUCAAACCGGAAGAUUGGUCUAAAUUGCAGGGAACCGAAGCGAAACAGUUUUAUUUUGCUAGAAAAUUUGAGCCAAUAAUCAAUCAGGAAGUCAUUUUGCAACUCGAGGAAUGGGUUCAUGGUCCAUAUCCGGCAGACUACCCUAAUCUUCAUUCGUACUGGCAAAACUUUUACCAUUACGAAGAUCCGAGCGAGCCGGAUAAAGCUACUCUUAAUGUGGCCUACAGCAUUCUACGCAUAAAUGCCAAUGCCAGAUCAAACCAGUUCCAGGAACCAUUUCGGAUACGAGAGCUCAAUCACUACUUGGAUCGCGAUAACUACCGAGGAUUUCUAAUUCUGUAUGAAGCUACCGUCGGUGAUCGUCGUGUUCUUCUGGAGACGCGAGCACAGCCGAAUAUUUCGGCACAAGUAUCGAAAUCAGCUCCUCUUGGAAGACGUCUAACCCAACUCGAAGUUAGUACCGAUUUCGACCAAAAAGAACAAAUUUCUCGUAAUUUCCAGCGAAUCAUCGGUAGUCAGAGCAAACUGGUAUUGAUUUUUCGACUGGCAGGAUCUCGAACGGAAAAGAAUACGACCACUCACACAUUGGCGGUACUGUGGAUUGACCCCCGCGGAGAGCUAGCCGACAGUGCCGAGAUGUCCAUUGAGGAUAGCCCUUCCGGUCCACCGGAGAGUUUGGUUCACUUCAGCAAAGCGGCCAAUCUACGGCAACCGCUGCUUACGGGUAUAUGGACUGCGAAGUUGGUCCACAAAAAAACACUGCUAGGAGUUACCCGAUUUCUGGUGAGUGACAGUGCACCAGUGGCAGGUACCAAUCAGACUACCAAAGAACAGGAACAAGCAAAGCUGGAUAGAUUAGUUCCACAAUUUUUUACCAUUAAGCAGACUUGCUGGGUGGGGAAGGGUGAAAACGGGCUACCGGGGUUUGUGAAAGAAUCGUCACAAGCACUGGAGGAGUGCAGCGUGACCGGUUGGAGCAGUUUGACACCGGAUCCAAAGAGCGAUAUCAACACAGCUGCCAACAGGUAUCCCGAGGGGAUGGAAUUUUUAUGAGUUGAAAGGAAUGCAUUUUUAGGUCUAGUUAAGAUGAACAAUAAUUGUAUUAUUAUCAGUUGAGU